UAAUUCCGCAAGCUUUCCCAAUUUAUGUGACAUAGAAUAAUUUUCUUCUCUUGUCUGAACCAGUUUCUUCAUUUCUCUUGUUUGUUCUGAAAAAAAUGGCUUCAAUAACAGCAACUAACUUUGCAAAGUUGUCACCUGGUACUGGUCUUGUGCUCAAAGGGUCAAGUGGGGUUCAGUCAAGCCCUGUCGUUGGGUUGCCAAGAAUGGUUACAAGAGGAGGGGUUAGGUGCAGCAUGGUGGAGAAGACAUCAUCAGCAAGUGGCAAAGGCUCAAUCUCAAACACUAGCAUGGUUGCAUCAUUGAUGGCUGCAGCAUCGGUUGUGACUGCAACCGCAGGCCCAGCCAUGGCUUUGGUGGAUGAGAGACUGACAACAGAAGGAACAGGACUUCCCUUUGGAUUGAGCAACAACCUUCUAGGGUGGAUACUAUUUGGUAUGUUUGGUUUAACUUGGGUAUUCUAUUUUAUCUACACUUCCACUCUAGAAGAGGACGAGGAGUCCGGGUUGUCCCUCUAAGCGAGAUCCAAUCUAUGUAAAUGAAAAUUUGAAGUGGGAAAAAGGACAAUUUGCUGUUGAUGUAAUUGCUUUUGAACCAUUUUGAUCCAAUUAGUCAUGCUAAUAUAAACUGCACUUUUGGUUCUC